AUGAACGGCUACCCACCUGCUAUGGCGCCGCCUGGCGCUGGCUGGACGGCCAUCCCUGGCGCCGACGGCAAGGAGUACUACUACAACGCCGCGCUGAACAAGACGCAGUGGGAGAAGCCCGACGAGCUCAAGGACGAGGUCGAGCGCGCAGUUGCCGGCACGGGAUGGGCGAUGCACUUCGCGGCCGAGGGGAAGCGCUACUUCUACCACACGCAGUCGCGCGAGACGACGUGGCAGAUCCCCGACGCGGUGCAGCAGAACAUCGACCAGUACAAGGCGAGCCAGCCCCAGCGCCCCCCCGCGGGCCCCUCUGGCUGGGUCGCCGGGCCCUCGCCCCACCAGCUGUCGCACGACCACCGCCGCCCCGAGCGCGACGAGUACCGCCCCGAGCGCCGCGACCAUGACCGCGAGCGCGACCGUGAGCGCUACGACGAGAACCGGCCCAACAUCAGCAUCGCCAUGGGCAGCGAGCUGCAGUUCUCCAGCCCGCAGGAGGCCGAGGCGGCCUUUAUGAAGGUGCUCAAGCAGAUGAAGGCGCAGCCCGACUGGACGUGGGCGCAGGCGGUGCGCGCGGGCAUCAAGGACCCCAACUGGCGCGCCAUCCCCGAGCCCGAGAAGCGCGAGGAGGCCUUCAAGAAGUACGGCGAGGACCUGCGCGCCCAGGAGAAGAACAAGGAGCAGGACCGCCAGGCCAAGCUGCGCGCCGACUUCACCGCCAUGCUGCGCUCGCACCCAGACAUCAAGCACUACACGCGCUGGCGCACCGCCCUGCCCAUCAUCGAGGAGGAGACCAUCUUCCGCUCGGCCAAGGACACCACCGAGCGCCGCUCCCUGUUCGACGAGUACAUCAUCGCCCUCAAGAAGGCCCACGACGAGAAGGAGGCCGACAACCGGCGCUCUGCCCUGGACCAGGUCAUGGGCCUGCUGCGGGGCCUGGACCUGGAGCCCUUCACGCGCUGGUCCAAGGCCGAAGAGAAGCUGCAGCACAACGACGACUUCAACAGCGAGCAGUUCCAGUCGCUGACCAAGAUGGACGUCCUCAACCAGUUCGAGACGCACAUCCGACAGCUCCAGCGCGAGCACAACGACCGCGUUCAGGCCGAGAGGCGCGUCAAGCACCGGGUGGAGCGCAAGAACCGCGACGCAUUCAUGAACCUCCUCAACGAGCUCCGAGAGAACGGUAAAGUCAAGGCUGGCACCAAAUGGAAGGACAUUCACGAGUUCAUCCAGGACGAUCCGCGCUUCCUUGCCAUGCUCGGCCAGAGUGGAUCAUCGCCACUUGACCUGUUUUGGGAUGCCCUGGAGGAGGAAGAGGGCAAGUUCCGCACCCUGCGCCGCUAUGCACUGGACGUGCUGGAAUAUCAACGCUUCGAGGUUACGACGGCGACCCCCUACGAAGAGUUCCUAAGUGUUAUGCGAACAGAUCCUCGCACCGCUAACAUUGACGAGCAGUCGAUACAGAGCAUUUACAACUACGUUCUCGCCAAAGUGAAGCGACGAGAAGAAGAUGAACGUCGAGACGAGGAGCACAACGAGCGCUACGCCAUGGACAAUCUUCGUUCUGUCAUCAAGCGUCUCGAUCCUCCAGUGUCUCAUUCGGACACCUGGGAAGUGGUACGUCCCCGUGUUGAGAAGACAGACGAGUAUCGCGCACUGAAAUCAGAUACCCUCCGCGAAUCCGUCUUCGACAAGUACAUGCGCCGCCUCAAAGACAAGGAGAACGAUCGACGCGAUCGCAGCAGGCGUCGUGAUGAGCGUGACCGUGAUCGGGACAGGCGCGACCGGGACCGUGGAGAUCGUGAGUAUCGCAACGGGCAUUCUGACUCUCAUCGCCGUCGUACGCGUACUCGCUCACCUGAACAUGACCCGUACGCCGCAGAACGACGACGUGCUCAGCAGGACCGGGAGGCACGCUACAGAAACAACGAUAGCACAGGUUUAUCCCCGCCUCGUCGCCGUGAGCGCCGUGAGGACGACCGGUAUGACGGUUCUCGUCGCAGUCCCGCUGAUCACUAUGUACGUGAGCGUCGCGAGCGCGAGGUUGAGCGUGAACGAUCGUACGUUAGCAGGGCAGACCCCCGCGAGACCAGUGUGAGCCUUUUGGAUUACGGUGACAGUGGUGGUCGCACUUCUUCGACUAGGCGCCGUCGGGAGAGCGACGCAAGUGCAACCAAGCGUGACACCAAGCGCGCUCGUUACUCUCCGCACGCGGAUCGCAAAUCGAAGACUCCUAUUCCCGAGCCAAUCAAGGAAGAAGACCGUACUAUUCGCUCUGGCAGCGAGGAAGGUGAAAUUGAAGAGGACUAG